GGAAGCUACGGAGGGCUCGGCUGUGAAGGAGGGCGGACGACAUCGCUGUCUCAGAAUAUUCCAGAUAUGUCCUCCAGAAGUCCCAAAGAUUUCGUUAAAAGCAAAUGGGGAUUAAAGACUAGCAGCUCCAAAUCUGAAACUGAAUUAGAGAAAUUUAAGAAAGAAAAUGCAGCCCUUAAAAAGUCUGUGGAAGAAAAUGCAAAUGGAAAGGGAAAGCUGGCAGAAAAAGAAAGACACAGACUUCUAGAGAAAAUACUUGCCCUUGAAACUGAAAAGGAGAAGAAUAGUUACCAUCUGGCAGAAAAGGAAAAAGAAAUACAGCAAUUAAAAGACCAGCUGAAAUCUAGAAAUAGCACCAGUUCAUUACUAAAUCAAUUAGAAGAAAAAACUAAAGAGGCAGAGAGGAGAGAGCAACUCUUAAAGUCAUUAUCAGAGGAGACCGACAUUCUGAAAAAACAGCUGUCCAUAGCAACCACAAGACUAUCAGAACUUGAAAGCAAAGCCAGUACACUUCAUUUAUCACAGAACAUGACUGCAAGUUUCACUGAGUCGCCUGUGGUUAAUAUUCAUGCAGUGGAAAUACAGCUGAAGGACGCUCUGGAGAAGAAUCAGCAGUGGCUUGUAUAUGAUCAGCAGCGAGAGGCCUAUGUGAGGGGACUUAUGGCAAAAAUCUUUGAAUUGGAACAGCAGUCGGAAGCAGCUACUCAUUCACUCCAACAGCAAUCAAAAAAGAGUGACGAAGAAGGCUAUCUUCAGGAGGAGAAACAAAAAUACUACAACCAUCUCUUGAUGAAUGUCAAAAAGGACCUGGAGGCUGAACGGCAAACUGUAACCCAGCUAAGUUUUGAGCUUAAUGAAGUCCAAACAAAAUAUGAAGAAACCAAGAAAGAAGUUUUAGAUUUAAAUAGCCUCUUGUCUUCCCUAAGAGAAGCUGAUGUACAACAUUGGGAAGAUAUCAAAUACAAAACAGAGAAAAUACAGAAGCUAAAGAAAGAGAAUGAACUUGCCAGAGAGAAACUUGAAGAAGAAAAAAGAAGGUCUGAAGAUCUGUUGUCUCAGGUCCAGUUUCUCUACACAUCUCUGCUAAAGCAACAGGAGGAACACACAAGGGUGGCUUUAUUGGAACAACAGAUACAAGCUUGUACUAUAGAUUUUGAAAACGAAAAACUUGAUCGUCAGAACAUGCAACAUCAAUUGCAUAGAGUUCUUAAGGAGCUUAGAAGAGCAAGGGAACAAAUAACACGGUUGGAGCCUUUGAAACAACUCCAGGAGUAUGUCCACAUACAGCCAUCCGACUUCUUCCCAGGAGAACGUGAGGAAAAGUUAAAAACUGAUUCACCAAAGUGCUCCAAUCUGUUAGAUGAGAGCUUCUUAGAGUGUCCCAAAUGUAAAGCGCAGUACCCAACGAGUCAGCACAGAGAGUUGUUAGCUCAUAUUGAUUUCUGCGAAAACUAGCAAGGUAAUACUUGUAUUUAUGCAUCAAAGACCCAAUACUGUAUCUUACAUUAGCUUAUGGACAUUUUGAAUUCACAUUUCAUUUAAAACUGUAAAAGAUGUUGCCUGCCUGCCUGCCUUUCAGAUUCCAGCUGAAGGAGUCAGUCAUUGUACUUAUCUGGCUACUUCCUAUUUUCCAUUGCAGUGAUAUUUCCCAGGGUUCGUGCAUCAUCUAAGCAUGUUGAAGAUAAUAGACUGUACUGAAUAUGUAUGACUAUGAGACUACUGACAUUUUGCACUAUCAAAUAUUCAUUUGGGAAAUGGAAAUGCAUAGAGAGUUCAGAUUAUUUUUAGUGCUCAUGCACCAAAUAUUUGAUGUUCAACGGUGCAAUAAAAGAAACACUGGCAAGAACUUUGUAGAAAAGCAGGAACAAUUAUAUAGGAAUGUUUUAUCUUUUGGUCCAAGCACUUAUAAACCUAGAAUACUGCCUUGCAAGCACUGGUUUUCAUGUCUUUUUAAAAACAUUGCAGUGGCAUUUUUAUUAUUUUCACAUGAUAUUAUAGCAUAAUAUGGGAAAAGUCAGAAGUGACAUGUUUCUGCUGCUUGUUGCUGUGCCUUCUAUAUCAGCCAUGUUCAGAGUAUAAAACAGAUUGCCUAUGCAGACUAAAGUAACCAAUAAGCAGCUGCACAUGAUGUUUACUUUCAUAUUUGCAGGAAAGAUAUUUCACCAGAUUUUCAAUAGCAUAUGUUGGUCCACUGAAAAAUUAAAACUAAUUCUACCAAAAGCAUCUAGGCCUCUCAUUUGAAUCAGAAACCUUUUAAAAUUUUUUCUUGGCAUUUCUAUACUCUAUAGCUUAAAUUUGGGAAAUGUAAAUAUAGGGUAACUUUUCAGAAUAAAUAUUUUUAUAUAUACUGUUAAUAUAAACUAAAUGCUUUUAAAUUUUUUUUGUUUUCUAAAAUUCUUGA